CCUGACCCGUUUUCUCAAAGAGGUUCCUUUCCUUCCUUUCACUUUCAAACUGUUCCAAGUUCACUCUCUCUCACUGUACGAAGUAAGUUUUAUAUGUCGAUUUCUUCGGCAGAGCCGAAUUGAAGUAGCUAUGGAAGAUGCUGGAGAGCCUUCAGAGAUCCGAUAUGGUUGAUCCACUACUCGGCCAUUCUACAUUCUCAUUAUUUCCUCGAACAUUUGCUGAUUUGGUGGUGUGAGCAGCAAAUUCACAGCAGCCCGCCUUGGAAACUGUCCACAGCUAUCUCAAAUCAACGAUGCAUCUCCUUCUUUAAGUUUGAUUCCUGCUUCUUUUGAUUCUUUAUUGUCUCAGUUCUAACUUAAGAUUGCGUUUUCACUUUUUAGUUUCGAGAAUUGUUGGUUUGAUAAGGUUUCGAUGUCAUCGAGUUGUGAAAUGUAGUUGAAAGUUCUAGUUCCAGAAAAAAAUGCCUUUUGUUGUAAUUUAUUUUUCCUGCUAUACGUGGUGAUCAUUGGAAGGUCUUUUGAGUUAAACUGUUGGUUAGGGUUCAGAGUUCACACAUCUGUUUAGUUCAAUCGUAGGUUCCAGUAGUUUGCGCAACUUUUUUUGGGGGUAUGGGGUGGGGAGAGGGUGUGGGUGCUAUGGUUAUCAUAUGUUUGUCUCGUACUGAAGUUUGGAGUACCCAUGAACUAUUAUUUUGAUCACACAUUGAUUUUUAGCUAACGGUUACUCCGUAAAUUAGUGAUUUUUCUAGUUAAUUCUCUUGAAUUUUAGAUGCCACAAGACAUAAAUAUGUUAGAUUGUAAAUCCUCUGUACUCUGGUGAGGUUUAGAAAUGUUGCAAUGUUCCAUGCUUAUCAGAACAAAGGAAAAGAAAAAUCUGCACAUUGUCAUUAUUAAAGAACUGUUCAUACUAGCUUCAGUUGCAGAAGAGCAACAUGUUGAUGGAACCACCAGAGAUAAGUUCAUGUUUUUUGUGCAAUGCAGGCUUUAAAAAGCCCAAAUAAGUUUUUGGAACGGGCAAAGACAGUUUUAAGUAGGAAGUCAGAACUUAAUUCUUAAUCCCCUUUCCAAAUGGCAUCAAAAGACUAAGUUGGACCAGCUGCUGCAAAGGGUAAUGAUCAUACCCAAGAGCGAAGACCAGCCUUGAAUCGUAAGCAGGCUCGGUUUUCUUUAUGCCUAUCACAAGGCAAGGAAAGCUUUUACUUUAACUGGUAGUUUAAUUUUCUUUGAGGAGUACAUAUUGUGGGAAUUGAGGGGUAAAAAGAAGGAAAAUUAAACUAUGUUAUUGCUGUUUGACAGUCAGCCAUAUCUGGAUGUGAAUUCAAGUUUAAACAUUGAUCAAUUAGAAGACCCAGAGGAUUACUUCUUAGCAAAGGAAAAGCUUGAAAAUGCUGAAAAGAAAUUACAGAAACAGAUGGGUCAUGUUUUGAUAGGCUUAGAUCAGUAUAAUCCAACUGAAACAGCCAGGCACCGUCGAACUGGACUCUUGGGGAAAAUGAGCUAAAUUUGAGAACACCACCUACCAUGCACACCAAACCCAAACCGCGAGCACACAAAAGAGGCAAGAGAACAGACGUUUCUUAUAGACAAAGCCUUGCAGAUUUGGACCACUGGCGAUCAUUCAGAGCACCGGAGAUCACGGCGACAGAGGUGACUCGCAGUGGAGGCUUCUUCUUCCCCAAAUUGAAACAGGCGAAACCCCUCUGAACUCUUUGCAAGUGCUACUGUGCAACCGAAUCAUCUACUGCGAAUCCCAGUAAUUUCUGCAACUGUACAGGAUGGAUCCGUUUACAAUGUAUUACCAUUAUGAAGGGAAGAUUGAUCAUAAGCUAAUUGAUAGAGACAAAUAUGGAUACUUUGACUUCUUGUGUGACAUUUACAGUACAGUAUUGGACCACAUUCCAGAUGGGAAGUCUAUAAAGUUUUCUUGUCCAGCUAUACUGUCAGGUGAUGUAGAGAAGAUUGAUAUAUGGAAUGAUGAGUCCCUAAUGCAACUGUUCUCCAUAUCUGAAGAGGUGAGGAUCAUUACAGUCUAUGUGUCAAAUGUUAGGGUAAUUGACAGUGUUUCUUCCAAGGUAACGAUUAAUGACUAUCCAUUGAAAGUUGUUGGUAGAGACACUCUAGGAAGAAGACAGAGAAAUGAGACACAGGAUCCUACUUUUGGUAAUGCACCAGUUAUUAAUCUAGAAAGUGGCACAAAUACAUUACCAAAGAAGACUAUUUGGAGGGGUGGUUCUUUAGGUAUUGAUGUAGGCAGAAGUGAUAAAGGCAAAUCCAUUCUAGAAGAAGAGGUUCAGGAUGUUCAGAAUGUUCAGGAUGUUCAGGAUGAUGUAGUUGUGGAAUUUUUUAGUGGAAUUGAUAGUAGUAUGUCUGAUUCUGAGGAUGAAGAUUGGAAAUUGGGAAGUGAUGAUGGGUUUGAAGAACAUAACAGUAGGAGUAAUGGUGAAAGGGGGUUGAAUAAAGAAGAUGGGGGUGUUUCACAAGGAGAUGAAGCAAGUAAUGAUGAUUUAUUAGAUAAUGACUCUAAUGAGUUUCAUGCACCACAAGUCAGUAGGGCAAGAAGGGUGGUUGAUGAUCAGGGUAAAGUGAAGAUAGAGGAUGGUAUGAUUUUUGAUGAUGUAGAUCAUUUUAGGAAUGAAUUGAAAGAAUUUGCAAUCUAAGAGGGUUUUCAGUUUCAAAGAUUGAAGAAUGAAAGGACUAGGGUCACUAUUGUUUCUGCGAAGGAUGGUUGUCAGUGGAGGAUUCAUGCUUUCCCUACUGAAGAUAAAGUGACUUUUAUGGUUAAGUUAUUUAAUCCUAUACAUACCUGUUCUAAGAGAAAAGAGAGAACCCCAGAUGCAACCUCAACAUGGAUAGCCAAGAAACUUGGUCCACAACUUAAGGCAGAUCCCGAGCUUUCUACUAAAAGUAUGAGAGCUAUAUUGUGGAAGGAAUAUAAGAUUGAACCAAGUUACAUGCAAAUUUGGAGGGCACGACUUCUUGCCAAAGAAACCAAUGAGGGUAAUCAUGCCAAGUCAUACGCCAAACUUCCAAAGUAUGGAGAGAUGUUUAGACCGACAAACCCAGGUUCAAUGUUUAAGCUACAAUUCAUUUCCAGAAAUAACAUGUCUGCCAUUCCUGUUUUUAAAUGGGUGCUUUAUUUGUUUUGAAGCCUGUAAAGUGGGGUUUGUCAAUGGUUGUAGACCAUUUAUUGGGUUAGAUGGAUGCCAUUUGAAGGGAAAGUAUGGAGACAUUCUACUAUCAGCUAUUUCUGUGGAUGGAAACAAUAGAUUGCUUCCACUUGCAUUCGCAGUUGUGGAAUCUGAGUGCAAAGAUAGCUGGCUGUUUUUCCUUCACAACCUAUAUACUGCAUUGCGUUCUACUUCAGAUGACAUGGGAUGCCUAACAUUUAUGUCAAAUAAGCAGAAGGAUCUAACUGAGGCAGUACGAGAGGUUUUCCCUGACUCAUAUACUAGGCAUUGCAGUAGGCACCUGUAUGCCAACUUCAAGAUCCAUUUUCCAGGAGAUAAGUUGAAGUCAUUAUUUUGGGCUGCAUCUAGGGCUUACAGAGAACUUGAAUUUAAAGUGGCAUUGUCUAAGAUGAAUAGCAUUAGAAAGGAUGCACAUGAUUGGUUGAGUGCAAAUCCUCCUAGUUCAUGGUCCAGAUGGGCAUUUGAUCAUAGAGCAAAGAGUGGCCACAUCACCAACAAUAUGACAAAGUCCUUUAAUCAUUGGGUAGGACCAUAUAGAGACAAACCAAUUUUAUAUCUGAUUGACCAACUAUGGACUUGCUUGAUGGAAAAAUUAGACAAGAGGUUUAAGCAAGCAUGUUCUUAUAAGGGGAGCUUGACAUCAAAAAUUAAGAAGAAAUUGGAUUUUAUCUACCAACAGUCAAGAUCAUGUGUGGCAUUAUCUGCAGGUCAUAAUGAGUUUGAGGUGAAUGAUGGGACCUCAAGGUUUGUGGUUAACUUGAAUACCAGGAAGUGUGGGUGUCAAGUGUGGGUAGCAACUGGGCUGCCCUGUAGACAUGCAACUUGUUGUAUUGCGUACAAGAGGGAAAGAGUUGAAGACUAUUGUGAUAGUUUUUACUCUCUUGGGAAAUAUAUGCAAGCAUAUAAAAAUAUAAUGCAUCCACUUCCUAAUAUUUUAGAGUUGGCAGAUACUAAUAUUAUGGGUGUGGUAGAGUCUCCACCUUUGAGAAGGCAACCGGGGAGACCCCCCAAGGUUAGAAAAAGAGAGGAUGGUGAACCAGCUGCUGGAGAGUAUAAGAAGAAGUCUUCAUCAGUAAGAUGUGAUAGAUGCAAGCUUGAGGGUCAUAACAAGAGAACAUAUGAGGGUGGUGCCAUUAGAAGGAAGAGGAAAUGGUCAUCUAGUAAGACUAUGCAGAAUCGAAAUAUAGUGGGCACUCAAACUGAUGUCAAUGUCUCUGAGCGGACUAGAUCACAUAAUGAAGCAACAGACCAAAUUGAUAGUGUUCAAGCAAGGAGAAGAGAAAAAAUGGCAGCAACUCGUGCAAGGAGACGUGAAAAGGAGGCAAUGAAGUUGCAAAUCAAGGAUUAAGUUUGGAUAAUAAGGGGAUUUUGGGUUAUAGAAUAGUGACUUUUUUUUUGGGUAUAGUUUUAUGUAUUUGGUGGAACAAUGUAUCUAGAUAUUUGUCUUUGUUUUGGAUGUAGAUGCUACUUUAGUUGUUUUUUUGGAGAGCAAAUGCUACUUUACUUGGUAUUCCUAUUAUAUUGUACAAGUCAACUGAUGAUGGAUAUUUUUGAUAUCCUACUAGUAUGUUUGAUUCAUCAGAUGGGAUGAUGUAAAUUGUAAUGUUUGAACAGGUGACAUGAAUCUGGGAUUUCUAAUAUGGAAUAGGUCUAUGAUGUCCACUUUUUUGUAAAUUUGGAACAUGUGAAAUGAAUUUGGGAUUUUUGUCCCUUUUUUA